ACCACGACGAGACCAUUCUAGAAGCCACGGAUUCGCUUCCAUCACCACUAGCAUGCAUUCCACUUGGGUCCUCCAAGCCUGUAUUGGCUCACACUCACCAUUAGGGGUUUUCAUAACCCUGGUUGCGCAAUUUUCCACUACUCUUGCUGUUGCAGUUGCUCAACAAUUGACUAGACGUGAAUUUGAGGCCGUUACCAAGCUUUCUCUGAGGGUCUCACCAAUCGGAGGAGUAGCUGGCGCGGGUAGUGUUGUUGCUUUGGGUGGGAGUGAAGUUGGCGAGCGACGAUGAACGACGACAGGCAGGAUUCGCAGAGCGGGGCCGUGUUCGGUGAAGAGGGGCAGGGGCAGGGGCGACUGUACAAUCCAUACGCGGAUUUGUAUGGCGCGGCCGAUUUGAAGAGCUUGGAGAGCGUGUACCGACUGCCUUCGGCGCCGGAGUAUCUGUUCCCCGACGAGGCGGUGGUGCAGAGGCGGAAUUGGAGCGAGAACCUGACGUACCACACGGGAUGCGGUUACUUGGCGGGCGCGGUGGGCGGCGGUGCGAAGGGCGCGUUGGAGGGGUUGCGAUCGCAGGAAGGGAGCGACACGAUGAAGAUCAGGGUGAAUAGGUUUUUGAAUGCGUCGGGGCACAGGGGGCGCGCGUAUGGAAACACGGUGGGGAUCUUGGGGCUGAUGUACGCGGGGUUCGAGAGCACGGCGUCUCAUUACAGGGCGACGGACGACAUGCUGAACACGGUGAUCGCGGGGCUGGGGACGGGGGUGAUGUACAAGGCAGCAGCGGGACCGCGGACGGCGGCGAUCGCAGGAGCGCUGGGAGGCAUCGCGGCGGCGGGGCUGGUGGCGGGGAAGCAGCUGACGAAGAGAUACUUACCGAUAUGAGGAGCGGAGGUGGCGCAGGAAGGGGGAGGGGGGAUCGGGGAGAAAUUGAUAUAUUUUUGCGGGUGAUUGUGAGAUCGGGUGGGGCAACUGGGUUGCGAUGGAGUGGGAUGAGGAUGGGCGACUUCCGGAGAGCGAGCGAAGAAGAGGAGUUGGGAUGCGGGGAGGUUUAGGGUUUGCAGAACGGGGUGGAUCUCGGAAGGGAUUAUACGAGAUGAGACGUGUGGAGGAGUGUGGAGGAUGAUUCUUUGAGGAGGGAUUGGCGGGAACAGGGGUGGUGGAGUGGGAAGCAGUGGUAGCGGUAGGAUAGGUGGAGGUAGGAUUAGGGUAGAAGAGGGGUGUGAGCAUUUGAUGGGGGAGGAGGGGUGAGCUUGCCACAGGAGAAGUCUGUGGAAUGAGGCGGUGAAAAAAUGUAGCAGUGAGUCAAGUUCUAUGGAACUGGGAACUGGGAACAUAGUUAGUGGUCGUGGCCCUGGAUGCGUUAAGUGUUGGUCGUAUGAAAUUUAAUAGCGGAGCCGCACAGCAUCUUAGUGUCCAUGUCUCGAGGAACCCUAGAACAUUUAUAUUGGCUGAGUCUGGUUGCUCUCUGGGAAGGCCUCUGGACCGAGGAAUUGUAAACUAAUAUUGAGAUCAUUAUUUAUGAAAUCGAGAACUUCGUAGCUA